AAACAAAUACAAUAUCUGGUAACUACCACCACCUUGAAGGCUGCUUGUAUAUAAAGCGGUGUUUCGUAUUCAGAGCACUCACUUCGUGGUUAAACAAAUUGAGCGUAUUCUCUUCCACAAACCACAACAAUGAACAGGCUGAUGAUCGUGUGCGGCGUGGCGACCCUCUUUGUGAUGGGGAUCACCGCUCAUCCUAGGGGCGCUCCCUCCUCGGUGUGUGACGACCCUUUCAUGGAGCCUAUAUACCACAGGGAUCAUCUAAAUGCUACGCCAUACAACAACACGGAUGAGUACACCCUACAGUCUGCACCAAUUGAGGGCAGACCUGGCAUUGUUAGAGUGACUCUGACCGGUCCCCGCUUCAAGGGCUUCGUGGUGCGGGCCUCCACAACCGGAGGAGAGAUUAAUCAAGGACAGUUCAUCAUAGAUGAGGAUAGCGAUUUCCAUGCACUGCACUGCUCCAACAACACGGACAUCGCGGUGACUCAUAGCAGCCCAGAGUUCAAGGAUUCUGUCCAGCUGUUGUUGAGAGACAACAAUAACGGCAGCUACGUAUUCCAAGCCACGGUGGUGCCGACUAUCGAAACCUACUACAUCAACAUCUUUGAAAGUUGAGUCAGCUGGAUGACCGCUUCGUGCCACCUACACCUGGAACUAACUUGUAUUUGAUCACUUCAAAGCAGUACAUACUUAUAGAUGCCAUAAAGUCUGUGUCAUUAUGGCCUGUAUUUUGAGGUUGAGGUGUUAGCAGGAAAAUUCUGAUUACAUCAUUUAUUGAGUGUAAUUGUGAUUUUUUUUUAUUGUAUUAAUUUAUUAGUGCCUUGAUUUACUGUAGAAAUUAGAAACCUCCCAACUGUGUCCAUAAUGUUGUUUUAAUUACAAUGCUGAAAUAUAUGUUUUAAGUGAAA